AUGGAGAAGAGCCGGGUGCUGGUGGUGGGCGGCACUGGGUACAUCGGGCGGCGGCUCGUGCGGGCGAGCCUGGCGCAAGGGCACCCGACGCUGGUCCUGCUGCGGGCGGAGAUCGGCCUAGACAUCGACAAGUUCCAGAUGUUGCUCUCCUUCAAGGCCCAGGGCGCGCGGCUGGUGGAGGCGUCACUGGAGGACCACGCGGGCCUCCUCGCCGCCGUGGCGCAUGCCAACGUGGUGGUCUCGGCCAUGUCCGGGGCGCACAUCCGCAGCCACAACUCACCAAAAGGCGACACGGGCAGGGAUUUCCAGAAGGACAUAGUUAGAGCAGCUGAAGGUUUGGUGUCUAUUGGAAACAAACAUAUUGAAGUGGGAACAAAAUUUUCUGAGGACUGCUAUAGAUAUGGAAGCGAAAAUAAUGCAAGCGACGAAGCCCUUAGAAAAGCAGCAUCACUAUACGGAGGUGCUUUGAGAAAUAUUGAGAAAGAGUAUGAAGAUUUCAACAGAAUUUUAUCUUCUCAGACUAUAGACCCAUUGAGAGCAAUGGCUAUAGGUGGUCCCCUGGAAGAUGCUCGUGGUCUUGCACAGCGCUAUAGCAGGAUGAGACAUGAAGCUGAGAUCCUCUCUACUGAAAUUGCUAGAAGAAAGGCACGGGUAAGAGAAGCUCCAAUUGCUGAGCACACUACAAAGCUUCAGCAAUCAGAAGCUAGAAUGAUAGAGCACAAAGCAAGCAUGGCCGUGUUAGGAAAGGAAGCAGCAGCUGCGCUUGCAGCUGUCGAGUCUCAACAACAACGGGUGACCCUUCAGCGGCUGGUUGGCGCGGCGGAAGCAUAA